AUGGUAGAUGAAGAAUUACAUUUUAAAACUGUUUUGAGGAGGAAGAAUGCUGCAAAAGCCAGAAUUUAUAGAAAGAGUGUUAUUGAUGACAAGAAAUCUAAGAGGUUGAAAACUGCUCUAAAAGAAAACGGUACAUUUGAUAAAAGACGCGACAAUGACUCAACAGCUUUGAGGAUACCACUAUCAGAACUUUCGCCAAACAUACUAAAUGACGGUCGUGGUAUAGCCAACGUUGAAGAGUUACAGUUCAGCAAUAAAUGUUAUGCAACAAAUUCAAGUUUUGAUGAAGAUGAAAUGUCUAAUGGAACAGAUGCUAUGGAAACUUUUGAAAUUACAUCAGGAGGGUAUUAUGAUAUAGGGGAUCCUGUCAUUGAAUGUCAAUAUUAUGGUGCAAAUAUGUGGUAUUCGGAAAGGAAAAACAAAUGUCGUCAGGCGUCCAAUCCUAAAUUUUCCAUGUGUUGUGGAUCAGGAAAAGUUCAGUUACCUUUGUUAAAAUCCGCUCCUAAAUUUCAGCUCGAAACAAUUGUUGAUCAAGAUGGGUUUCCGGUAUAUAGAAGAAGGGACAAUGGACAUACAGUUCUUAAGAAUGGAAUUCAAGUCGAUAACCGGAAUGUUGUUCCAUACAAUGCAAAGUUGUUGACAAAGUACCAAGCUCACAUAAACAUGGAAUGGUGCAAUCAAAGUACAUCAAUUAAGUACUUAUUCAAGUACAUCAACAAAGGUUACGACAGAAUCACCGCCGCCAUUGUACCGAAUGAUGAUGGAACUUCCAACCAGCCGCAGAAUAUUGAUGAGAUCAAACAGUAUAUUGAUUGUAGGUACGUUUCUCCGAGUGAAGCAUCUUGGAGGAUAUUCUCCUUUCCAAUCCAUGGUAGAAAACCAGCUGUUGAGAGACUGUACUUUCAUUGUGAAGGUCAAAAUUCGGUAUAUUACACUGAUUUUGAUCGUAUCAAUACAGUUCUGGAAAAACCAAGUGUAACUGAAUCGAUGUUUACAUCAUGGUUCGAAGCAAAUUGCAAGUAUCCUGAAGCACAAAAUUUAACUUACAGCAAAUUUGUUUCAAAAUUUGUUUAUGUUAAGAAAAAAAGAGAAUGGAAACCCCGUCAAAAAGGUUACACAAUUGGUAGGCUUAUAUGGGUUCCUCCAACAACUGGCGAAUUGUACUAUCUUAGAUUGAUGCUCACACAUGUCAAAGGCCCCCGCAGUUAUAAUGAUAUAAAAACAGUGAAUAACGUAAAAUAUGAUACUUUCCGGGAUGCCUGUUUUGCUAUGGGUUUUAUCGGCGAUGAUAGAGAAUUAAUUGCAGCUAUUAAAGAGGCAAAUCAUUGGGGUUCAGGCAGCAUUAACAGGCCAAGACAUGUAUGGAGUAAAACAUGUCAUCUCUUAGCUGAUGGAAUGUUAUAUGCUCAACAGCGAAUUGCAAACAAUAGAGGUUUGAGGUUGUCGGAUGAAGAGAUAAUGAAUUUAACAUUAAUUGAGAUUGAACGAAAUCUUCAAAGGAAGAGCCGAAGUCUAAAGGAAUUUGCUGGAAUGCCUUAUCCAAGUGGAUAUGUGGUUGAGCAGUUGGGAAAUAAGCUCAUAUACGAAGAGCGGAGUUACAAUCCAGCCGAACAAUUGCAAGAGUACAAUAAUUUGUUCUUAAAUCUUACAGAUGAGCAAAGAGGUGUAUUCAAGCGAAUAAUGGAAGCAGUAAACAAUCAACAAGGAGGCGUAUUUUUUUUGUAUGGAUACGGUGGCACAGGGAAAACCUACAUGUGGAGAACUCUAGCUUCCUACAUAAGAUCAAAGAAACAAAUUUGUUUAACUGUUGCUUCAUCGGGCAUAGCUUCACUACUACUUCCAGGAGGUCGAACGGCUCAUUCAAUGUUCAAGAUUCCAAUACCUACAAUGGAGUCUUCUACAUGUAAUAUCGACAAAGGUAGUGAUCGUGCAGAGCUACUAAAAAUGGCAAAGUUGAUAAUUUGGGAUGAAGCUCCAAUGGCACACAGAUUUUAUUUUGAAGCGUUUGAUAAAACCCUUAAAGACAUAAUGGGGCGUUCCAAUUAUUCUGACAAAUUAUUCGGAGGGAAAGUAAUUGUAUUUGGUGGAGAUUUUCGGCAAAUAUUACCAGUUGUACCAAGGGGCAGCCAUUCAGAUAUAAUACAUUCUACAAUAAAUUCAUCAUACAUCUGGGAUCAUUGUGUUGUGCUGAAGCUUACAAAGAACAUGCGACUCCAACAAGCCGGCAAUACUUCAAGUACAUCUGAAUUAGAAUUGUUUUCUAAUUGGAUAUUAAAAGUUGGCGAUGGGAAAUUGGAAGAACCUAACGAUGGUUACACGGAUAUUCCUAUUCCAAAUGAUUUCUUAAUUUAUAACUAUGAUGAUCCACUAGAAGCCAUUGUUAAUGAAACAUAUCCGAAUUUUCUUAACAAUUACAAGAAUCCAGAAUUUUUGCAAUCAAGAGCUAUAUUGGCAGGAAUAAUUGAAACGGUUGACAUCAUAAAUCAAUACGUUUUGGGAUUCAUACCAGGUGAAGAAAAGGAAUAUUUAAGUUCAGAUUCUGUAGAUACUUUUGACGGUGAAGGAAAUAAAGCUUUUGAUGUUUUGACCCCAGAAUUUUUGAAUACACUUACAACUUCCGGUCUACCUAACCACAAGAUUAAAUUGAAGAUUGGGACCCCUAUUAUGUUGCUUCGAAACAUUGAUCAACCUGAAGGUCUCUGCAAUGGAACAAGACUUAUAGUUACAAGAUUGGCAAACCACGUUAUCGAGGCAAAGAUUAUAUCUGGAAAGAAUAUUGGAGGGGUUAUCUAUAUUCCAAGAAUGGAUAUGACUCCAACACAAUCUUCGUGA